GCUUCCUACCUCGCUUCCUCCUUUCUGGGCUGCUCCCGGCUCCCGGCUCCCCACUAAGCGCAGCAGGAGGGGGAGCGUGCAGGCGCCCAGCGCAGCUCUCAGAACUCGGAAUAGCGGGACUGGGGACCCGUGAGGAUCAUCAUCUGGGACCUGCCUGAGGCCACGAGAAAACAUGGGGAGAGUUUUCCUCACAGAAGAAAAGGCCAAUUCUGUAUUAAGACGCUACCGAAGAGCUAAUACGCUUUUUGAAGAAAUCAGACAGGGCAAUAUUGAACGUGAGUGCAAAGAAGAGGUCUGCACAUUUGAAGAAGCCAGAGAAGCUUUUGAAAAUAAUGAAAAAACUAAGGAGUUUUGGAACACCUACACAAAAGCACACCAAGGAGAGAGUAACAGAGGAAGUGACUGGUUUCAGUUUUACCUUACCUUUCCAUUAAUUUUUGGCCUCUUUAUUAUCCUCCUUGUCAUUUUCCUAAUCUGGAGAUGCUUUCUAAGAAACAAAACUCGUAGACAGACAGUGACUGAAGGCCACAUUCCUUUCCCUCAGCACCUUAAUAUUAUCACUCCUCCUCCACCACAAGAUGAAGUGUUUGAUAGCAGUGGAUUGUCUCCAGGCUUUCUGGAAUAUGUAGUUGGGCGCUCAGAUUCUGUCUCCACUCGCCUGUCCAACUGUGAUCCACCACCGACCUAUGAGGAAGCCACUGGCCAGGUGAACCUACAGAGAAGUGAAACAGAACCUCAUUUAGAUCCACCCCCAGAAUAUGAUGACAUAGUCAACUCCAGCUCAGCCAGUGCCAUUGCUAUGGUGCCUGUGGUCACCACCAUCAAAUGAAGCUACAAACUUUAUACUGUCAUCAUUUUAAAAAUACUAAUGAAAGAACUUUCUAGCACUUUACCACUACAUAAAUGUACAUUGACUUAUUUUAUUAAACUCUUACAGCAUACCACUUCACCAUUACUGGUCUGAUUUACUUUAGUGUUGUUUCCAGUACAAAAUCAUUAUGUGUGCUCAUUUUUGCUAGAGUAAAUAUGUGAAAAGGGAAAACACACCAGUUGGUGUAUUCAUGCACGGAAAUAUACGUUAAGUCAGUGUAUGUGCAAUUAUCUUAAAAAUCUAUUAACUUCUAUCUAAAUCACCUUCAAAGAGAGCAUUACUCACAAAAAUUGGGGAAAAAAGAGACAUUGACAAUUUAUGUAAUAGAUAGCAAGUAACAUGUUACAGAAUUUUGCCAAAUGUAUGUACCUAGCAUGUUUUCUAAUUUUUAUAGGCUUUUGUGAAGCUCUGGUUUCCCCAUCUACCUUAAAAAGGGAAAAAUGUGUGGAGUCACUCUUGAUUUUAGGAAUAUCUCAGAAAGAAAGCAUAUUUACAUAGUGAGGAAUGACUUAUUAUAGUUAUAGAAAGGAAAUUACUGGUCAAGUGUGAUCGGUGCCUCACUUUAUACUAGGACUUUUAUUCUUCCCCAAAUGAAACACUUAGCUUGGCUUAGCAUCUUUGAAUACCUAAUGCUAUUUAUAUUAACAUCUCACUGGGGAGGAUUUCUGGCAAUAGAAUAAAUUCUAAGUGGAUAUAUAUAUAUAUAUAUAUUUAAUAACAGAUAUGGAUUAUUCCUUUGCUUCUGGGAAAGAGUAAUAAUUAUUUUCUUCUUCCCAUUUCAUAGCCUUUUAGUCGCCUGUUUACGCUGUCUCCUACCACCAUAGAAUCUUCAGUCACCCAAGAUUUUAGUUAAAAUAAAACUGAGAUUGUUUUCUUGAAGUCUUUGCCUGAAGAUUAUUAGGAGACAAUUUUCUAUUACAUUAUGUGCUGUGAUUUUUUUAUUGCUCUUCACUUGGUGCAAAAAUAUUGUAAAGAAUUUGUUAUGGCAGAUGGACACUAAAUUAUAGCCACACCUAGAUCUCAUUAUUGUUGCUAUUUCAUUUUGAAUUUUCAUCAGACUUCUUAAAACUACAGUGCUUUGGCUUUUCCUUUGGAGCAGAGGGGACUGGCCAUGAAUGAACUGCCAAUAUAAACUGACUCAGAAAGGAAAAUGGGGUCAAAGGAAAUAUUUUGUGUGCAAGUAAUUUGUAAAAUAUUAAGAGCUAUUCAAGUGUAAGAUCCUUGUGUUAUUAUUGUGCUUCAUAGGGGAUUUUCUCCAAACUUGAGUGGAGCUUUCACAUAGUGAAAAAUGGAUCAGGCUGCUCCAUAAAUCGUCAACAUUACUAACCUAUGUGAGUGGACUGUUACUUAAUCCCUCCAACUCACUGAUGUACACCAAAGCUGUGCCAAUUUAAGGAUAAUUGCCAACCAGCAGAAACAGCAUGAAAAAUGUUGGAAAACAAACCAAAGUGUUUCAGUUAGAUAACAGGUGUCAUAGCUUUCAUAGACUAAAAAAUGAUCAUAUCUUGAUAAUUUCAGAAAUGACAAUUAUUUUGAAUUAUGCCAUGCAUACAUGGUGACCUUUGGUUUCCAAUACAUAUGAAAGUGGGAGUGUUUGAUCCAGCAGUGAUUUAUGUAUGUGUGAAGAUUUGGUUUGUUUUUAAUGAAAAUUAAGGCUCUUUUUGUGUAGACUUUUAUUGGUAGCACCAGGCUUUAUAUUAGAGCAGCACUUUUCCAAGUAUGGCCCUUGGAUUCCUGGAGUUCUUGAAAACCUUCCAGAGGAUCUAUGAGGCCAAAAUAUUUUCAUCAUAUUACUAGUACAUUAUUUGUCUUUUCACUAUGAUUUUCUCAACAAAGAUUUGAAAAUGUGUAAAACAGUGUCCCUACACAUUUUUUUCUGUUUUAAAAAACAUGACUAUUUUUCAUUAAAAUUUUAUUUAUGUUGGC